UACCCUCAAAAUUCUUAACGUCAAACCACCCGUUAUAUAUUAACGGAAAACCGCCAUUUUUCACUCCUACGUGCAAAAGACUCGACUCGACUCUCCUCGAAAACGCCGUCGUUUUACAUAACCCGAAUCUCACUCUCUCCAAGAGGAAAAAAAAAAAAAAAAGCUUUGAGCUCUUCGGCGAUGAUAAUGCUAAGCUAAAGAGACAGAGAGAGAGAGAUAGCUUCAUUGAUUCAGCCGAUGGGAUGCGUUUUAUGCAAGGAAUCCACCGGAGACAACAAACGUAAUCGUACCAACAAUAAUAACAAUCCCGAUGAACCUCCUCCGGUAGACCUCCGUAAGACGACGGAGGAUGAUUUGCCUUUUUCUUCUGCUUCAACCACAACCACCGCCGUUUCUGUAGUGGAAAUCGAAGAUAAGAAGAAGAAAAAGGAUUUGUCUUCGAUUCAGAUUCAGCCGGCGAGAACAUGGCACACCGGCGAUUUCUCCGCCGGCUCUUCUCGUCGUCCGGGUAUGAGUCUCCGUUCGACUCCAGAAGGAUGGCCUCCGUGGCUUAUUGCUGCUUGCGGCGAUUCAAUCAAAGACUUAACACCUCGUCGAGCUACCUCUUACGAAAAGCUCGAGAAGAUUGGGCAAGGAACGUAUAGUAAUGUGUACAAGGCGAAAGAUCUAUUGACUGGGAAGAUUGUAGCUUUGAAGAAAGUUAGGUUUGAUAAUUUGGAAGCUGAGAGUGUUAAGUUUAUGGCUAGAGAGAUUCUUGUUCUGAGACGGCUUGAUCAUCCUAAUGUUAUUAAGCUUCAAGGUUUGGUUACUUCCCGGGUUUCUUGUAGUCUCUACCUUGCUUUUGAGUAUAUGGAUCAUGAUCUCUCUGGUCUUGCUGCUACUCAAGGUUUCAAGUUUGAUCUUCCUCAGGUCAAAUGCUUUAUGAAUCAGCUACUAUCUGGAUUGGAGCAUUGCCAUAGUCGAGGAGUCUUACAUCGAGAUAUCAAAGGUUCUAAUCUUCUUAUAGAUAAUGAUGGGAUACUCAAGAUUGCUGAUUUUGGGUUGGCUACGUUUUAUGACCCGAAGCAAAAGCAAACUAUGACUAGUCGUGUUGUCACGCUCUGGUACCGUCCUCCUGAGCUUCUUCUUGGAGCUACCAACUAUGGAACUGGUGUUGAUCUUUGGAGUGCCGGUUGUAUUUUGGCAGAGUUACUUGCUGGCAAGCCCGUUAUGCCAGGAAGAACUGAGGUCGAACAACUUCAUAAGAUAUUCAAAUUAUGUGGCUCCCCUUCAGAAUCGUACUGGAAGAAGUACAAACUGCCAAACGCAACUCUUUUUAAGCCGCAACAUCCGUACAAACGCUGUGUGGCUGAAGCCUUUAAUGGUUUCCCUCCAUCCUCUGUGCAUCUAGUCGAGACACUUCUCGCUAUAGACCCUGCUGAUCGAGGAACUUCUACCUCGGCCUUGACUAGUGAAUUUUUUACUUCUGAACCGUUACCUUGUGAUCCUUCAAGUUUACCAAAGUAUCCACCUUCCAAAGAACUGAAUGUAAAGCUGAGAGACGAAGAGGCAAGAAGGCAAAAGGGUCUUGCUGGAAAAGGUAGUGGUAUUGAUGGAGCCAGAAGAAUAAGGUAUCGUGGGGAUCGCACUGGGCGAGCUGUUCCAGCCCCAGAAGCUAAUGCCGAGAGCCAAUCAAACUUAGAUAGAUGGAGAGCAAUAUCACAAACAAAUGGAAAGAGCAAGAGUGAGAAGUUUCCGCCUCCUCACCAGGACGGUGCAGUUGGGCACCCAAUGGAAGAUCAGUCAAAGAAAAGAUCAGUAUUUGGUGGAAAGCCUGAGACUUCUUUGGGGUUAUCGAGAUCAUACAAGUCCGGGGAAGGGACAUCAAUGAGAAAGAUAUCAAACAAAGACGGUGCUCGUGGGGCUUCUUCUAGAAAGUACAUAUGGGGACUUAAACCUCCUCCAGCGCUCGGGCUAUCGAUGGACUUACUUUUCAGGAGCAGAUCAGAAGUUUUUGGGAUCCGGAGAUAGGAAAUAGAUGAAUGAGAAAUGAGCUGUGGGGGAGUUAUAUCAGUGCAUCAAAAUAAGAGAUUGCUUCCGUUACGAUUCAGAGGAGAGAGAUUGCUUUUUUGAAAGGAGUUCAAAUUCUUUGUAGCAGAAUAGAGAAAGAGAGAGAGAGAGAGAGAGUGCACAAAUGGAUUUUGACUCUGAUGUAAAAACACAUAAUUCAGGUAGUAUUAGAAUCCUACUUUUAAACUGUAUAGUUGUUGAAAUGGAUUUUGAGGCUUCAAAGAUUGGUGUUCUGUCGUGAA